CUUCACGUACAGUUACAACAUUCUCGCCUGGAUGUUGUCCUGUGAGAAGCUAGGAGCAGCCUUAUGCUCGGACUAAAACACAAGCGCCGUUCCUAAUUUUAAAGUGAAACCUCGACAUGCCCCUUUCUGUCGCGAGUGAAACCGGUUCCAGGGUUUCGGACCCACAACAUUCAAAGAAACUCCUGCGGGUCCUUCGCACCUUCUGGCAGGAGCAAAGUUUCCACGAUGCGCUGCUGGUGGUCGAUGGAGAGGAGCUGGCGGUCCAGAAGAACAUCCUGGCCGCUGCCAGCCCUUACGUCAGGACCAAGCUGAACUACAAUCCCCCAAAGGAUGAUGGGUCUACAUACCGAAUCGAGCUGCAGGGGGUCUCCAUGGCCAUCAUGAAGCAGAUCCUGGACUACAUCUUUAGCGGUGACAUCACUCUGAGCGAGGAGACCAUCCAGGACAUGGUGCAGGCGUCGGACAUGCUCCUCAUGACCGACCUCAAGAACCUGUGCUGCCAGUUCUUGGAGAGCUGCAUCGCCGCGGAGAACUGCAUCGGUAUCCGUCUCUUCUCGCUGCACUACUGCCUCUACCACGUCCACUACGCCGCCACCGAGUUCCUGCAGAUGCACUUCGGCGACGUGUCGCGCACCGAGGAGUUCAGGGAGUUGCCGCCGAGCCGCCUCUGCGAGCUGCUGGCCAUGGAGAAGCUGAACGUGGGCAACGAGAAGCACGUGCUGGAGGCCGUGGUGCGCUGGUACGCACACGACCCGGUGGAGCGCAAGGUGCACAUGAAGGAGGUGAUGUCGGCAGUAUGGCUGCAGGCCCUGGACGUGAGCUACCUGAGGCAGCAGGCCUUGGGGGAGCCGCUGAUGAGGGAGGUGGUCACAGAGUACUGUCAGCAGAUGCUGGCCGCCGGCCCGCUGCAUGGCCCGGCCAUGCUCGCCGCCUUUAAGCCCCGAGGUUACUCGGAGUGCAUCGUCAUCGCCGGAGGGGAGGAUCGCAUAAACCGGAAGCCCACCGCGGUGACGCGCUGCAUGUGUCCGCUCUACGACGCCAACAGACAGGCGUGGAUCGAGCUGCAGCCAAUGAGCGUCGCCCGCCUCGGCCACAGCGUGGUCGCUGCCGAGGGUUUUCUGUUUGUGAUGGGCGGAGCAAAUGAACAUCACACAGUCAUGGACAGCGGAGAGAAAUAUGACCCCGACUCCAACACCUGGAGUCCCAUACCCCCGAUGCUAGAGGCUCGUCAGAGCUUCGGCGUAGUGGAGCUGGACGGUCUGAUCUACGUCCUCGGAGGAGAGACCAAGGAGGCGGAGCUUAUCACCGUCGAAGUGUUCGACCCUCACUGCAGUGCCUGGAAACUGCAGACCAGCAUGACGAUGAUCCGCAAGGUCGGCUGCUACGCCUCCAUGAACAAGAAGAUCUACGCCAUCGGCGGCGGCUCCUACGGGAAGCUGUUUGACUCCGUCGAAUCCUUCGACCCUAAAACGCAGCAGUGGACCGGCCUCUGUCCGCUGAAGGAGAGACGGUUUGGGUCGGUGGCGUGUGGCAUCGGCCAGGAGCUCUACGUGUUCGGAGGAGUCAGGAGCAAAGAGCAGGACAACCCAGAGCAGAGACAGAUGCUCACCUGCAAGUCUGAGUUCUACCAUGACGAGAUGAGGAGGUGGAUAUUGCUGGAUGACCAGAACCUGUGCAUCCAGACCAGCUCGUCCUUUGUGUGCGGCGCCGUACCCAUCGGAGCCAGCAUCUACGUGCUGGGAGACCUGGACACAGGAACGAGCUUCGACUACAUCCGGGAGUUCCGCCGCAGCACGGGCACGUGGCACCACACCAAGCCCAUGUUGCCCAGCGACCUCUCCAAGACGACCUGUGCCGCCCUGCGCAUCGCCAACUGCCGACUGUUCCGCCUCCAGCUGAGCCAGGGAAUGUUCCGGAUCUGACCCCCAGCCAGUGGCCCCCGGGUCGGCUGCUUUCUACCUGCUGCAGGUGUGGCUUUGGGGAUUUUAUGAAGCCUUAACCCUUGUGUUGCCUUCGGGUCAAUUUGACCCGAUUCAAUGUUUAAUGUCGGUGUUCUUUCGGGAGUCAACAAACAAAUAUAAAGUACCUCACACUUAAACUUGGAAAACAAUAUUAAUUCUAAUAAUUUUCUGGAGAUUUUAAUAGCUGGGGUCAUAUUGACCUCAAGGGUAAAAUAUGUUAGUAAAUAUAAAGGUAACAGGAGGGUUAAACAUUGAAUCGGGUCAUAUUGACCCGAAGGCGACAGGAGGGUUAAGUGUUCUCGCGGUUAGAUAAUGAGGGCUUUAUACUUGACUGACACUUGACAAGACAAAACAAGUUUGUAAACCUUUUUUCUCUUUCUUUGGUUUAAGGGACCGUGCACAUUAAUAGAAACAUUUAUGUUAGCCAAGAGGCUAUUUUUCAACAGAUGUCAUAAAACAAACCUAAAAAAACACGUUUACAUAUACAAUGUUUGUACAAUAUGUAGGCUUUCCAAUGGGUGCACAAACAAUUAAUAGUGAGAAUAGUGAGUACUCUUAGACACUAACAAGACAUGCAACAAGAAGACUCACAAACCUAAAUAUUUCUUUUGGUUUUAGCGUGGGAUUUUUUUCUUUAUUUUUUUCUCUUAAUAACUGUACCUCAUAUGUUAUGUUUGCUGGGGAUUUGUUGCUUGGUGAGAGAUUUUAAGCUGUAAGCGGCUCGUAAUAUUGACUUUUUAUUAUGAGAGGGAUUGAGAUUGACAUUUUAAAAGCACUGCCGUGUUGCAUUUAAGAUGCUGUUUGCCGAUGUAUUGUUUAACUUUCUGGCCAAAUUGUAGAUGACGUAAUCAUUUGUCAUGAUAUCUUCAGCAGCUGCAGUGAAGGUGAAGGGUUGAAAAUAUUUUCGUUCCAUACAACUUUAGUAGGAUGGGAGACUGGUGUCCGUCCCUAGAAUCAGAGCGCAAUGGGGUCCUCCACUGGUUAUGAGGUAAUGUUAUUAGUUAUGAGGCCCCGAUCACACCGAAGCGGCUUCACUCGUAACGCAUUGCCCACAAAACCAUCGUUUCCCUUGGCCCGGUCAUAUCGAGCAAGGGGCGGGCAUUUUACUUUACCACUGACUUCCUGUUUCAAUGCCGGUAGUGACAAACAAAGGCAGACAAAAGUGUUAUUAGCAUUUUCUUUAAUGUGAUAAACAAUAUAAUUGUGUGCCUGUUGCCACACGUCUCGGCGCGAUCCGACCCGGAAAUUACCAUCAAGUCAUAGACUGGGGAAUCACUCCGGAACCAGUGAAAUACUCUCUGCUUCGGUUGAGUUGACUCCAGGGAAGCCAGAAGAGUUUGGUAAUAUAGUGAACAUGCUGGACUCUGUACUUGCUGCAGAUCCCCUCCCCCCCCCACCCCCAUCACUUGUUUAUUGAUAUUGAACAUGUCCAACUUGACCCUUGAGUUCGUCAACGCACACGCCCUCAGGUCUCCGGCAAUACACCGGUAGAUCUCAAGAUAAGACGGGUUCCUCGCCUCGCAGUUCCAUGAAGACGGAGGUCAUUUGAAAAUCAAAACUCCAACUUUAUUUUUUAAUGCACUUCACGAGUGCUUCACGAAGCCAUUCACAAAAAUGUCAGAUUUUAGAAAUGUUUAAAUGUUCAUACAAUAUAGUAGAAUCGGAGAAUUCAUGAUGAUCGACAUUGAAAAUCUCUUGUCUCUAGUCGACGAAGCUCUAAAGAGGCCGACAAUGUUUCAGCACAUCUUGAACGGCCUAAACUCAAAAGGCCGCUCUGCUGAUGCUUUCCUAGCGAGUCACAAGCGCUUUCCUCGCUAGUCACAAGCGCUUUCCUCGCUAGUCACAAGCGCUUUCCAAGCUAGUCACAAGCGCUUUCCAAGCUAGUCACAAGCGCUUUCCAAGCUAGUCACAAGCGCUUUCCUUGCGAGUCCGAGCUGCCCCAGAGCCCGUUUGCAAAUAUACUGCUGCUGCGGAGUCGCCAGGACGCGUCGUCGCCUCUGCGACCUCCGACCCGGCUUUCCAGUCGGUACAGUUUUGGCAUCACUUGACCCCGUUUUUUGUUCUGUGUGAGUUCCAGCUGCUGCUGUCCUUCCUCAAACACACCUCUCACGACAUCAGAAAGGAAAUCCACACGUGACACGUCCCGGGUUAAAGCUGAGCUCUCCUCGAUGCCUAGCAGCAGUCUGUAAAUGGAAAUAAAGUCUUUGUUGCCAGAAUGGAAAAGGAAUCACAAAAUACCUGAGACGUUAAUAUUCCAGCAAACGCUUUGUAUUCAUGUUUUCUUGCAUGGAAACACGUUGCAUUAAAAUUACGGCCACCUCCUAUCAUAAACACAUCCGUUUGAAAUUAAAACACAAAUCUAAACAAACACCAGGAGCAAAAUUCUAAACUUAGCUUUUUAGUAAUCAAACUGAGCGAGAAGGCAGCUGUUGCACCAGCUGACCCGAGGUCAAAGGGUCAGCUCACCCCUCAGUGGUGAGCGCUGGUCAUCCAUCUAGAAAGCAUACCUUGUCUUGAGCAGUUUCAGAAGUGACCGUUGUGAUUUCUGUUAUUGCUGUUGAAUUUCUUCCAAAUAAUGGAAUAACUGUAAAGCAUAACAGGCAUGUGAGUCAGCUACCUCACAAAUCCAAAGACAAGAAGUCUGUUAAAGGAAAUGAGCUUUUUGUAUAAAUGUCAGAUGAAAUCUCUCCUUUUGCCUUUUCUAAAAAAUAUAUGAGCGCACUUUGGCCGUCCGUCACAGAGAAAUGUUCAUUUAAAGUUGGGUCACAGUGUAACUCCCACAUGUACUACUGAGGAAGUUAUUUUCCAAAGAGACAAAACCCACUAGACAACAUUAAAAUGUCUUAUGAUAAUAUGUUGUCAAUUUGUUUUAGGCCACGAUAAUCCGAUAUUGCGACAUCACUAUACUGUAUUAAACCACAGCUGGGAACUAACAUUGGGCAACCAGCUUUUCCUCAUGAAUGAUGGUCAGCUGACACAAACCCACACGUCAGAAACCAGCAGCAAGUAUUCCCUCGGAGCUCCGUCAGGCUCAGACGCCAAGAAGCAGGAGGACCAAUCCGCUGAGCCUGUGAACCGCCUGCUUCCUUAUUAUUUUUUGCAUUGACACUUAACAUUGCACAGUGUUCAGUCAUUUACGGUAAACAGCGCUGCUCUGUAUCAUAAAACAACACGUUUAACUUUUUCGGAAGGCGACGGUAUGGAGUGUCACUGUUGUUUCAGUUCGUGCUUUUUUUCUUACUGACGCGUGAGGAAGUGUUGUAAGAUGUUGCGAGUGGCAUUCACUGGCUCAAAGGAAAUAAAACAAGUCCAUGUCUCAUCUC